AUGGGUGCCGGUGGCCGUUCAACUCCUACUGAUCUAGAUGUUAAGAAAUCCGAUACCGAUCGUAUCAAACGAGCCCCAACCUCAAAACCGCCAUUUACCUUAGCAGAUAUUAAGAAAGCCAUACCACCUCACUGUUUCGAAAGAUCCUUGAUUCGAUCCUUUUCAUAUCUCGUUGCUGACCUCACCGCAGUCUCGAUCUUCUACUACCUCGCCACAACUUAUAUCCCACAGCUCCCUCACCAUCUUCCUUACCUUGCCUGGCCGGUUUACUGGUACGUUCAAGGUUGUGUGUUCAUGGGGAUUUGGCUUAUCGGUCAUGAAUGUGGUCAUCAUGCCUUCAGUGACCAUGUAUGGCUCGAGGAUUGUAUUGGGUUUGUUUUACACUCAUGCCUUUUAACGCCUUACUUUUCCUGGAAAAUAAGCCACCGCCGGCACCAUGCCAACACCGGUUCUCUUGACCAUGACGAAGUAUAUGUUCCAAAGACAAGAUCAAAACUGGGUUCUUCCGCGUUUUACCUCGACAAUCCAAUCGGUCGAACAUUAACCCUUAUGGUCAAACUCAGUCUCGGAUGGUAUAUCUACUUGUCAAUCAAUGCUGCGGGAAGACCUUAUGACAAGUUCGCAAGCCACUAUGAUCCCAGAAGCCCUAUUUUCUCAGAUAACGAGCGAAUCCUGAUCCUCAUGUCUGAUAUCGGACUUAUCGGCUUUUCUACCUUGUUGUACAAAUUGGCGACAAUUCACGGGUUCGCUACCGUUUUUUAUGCCUACGGAGGUGCGUUAAUGGUCAUGAACGCGUUUCUUGUGAUCAUCACAUACCUUCAUCACACUCACGCUUCUUUGCCCCACUACGACGACUCUGAAUGGAACUGGAUGAAAGGUGCUUUCGCAACAGUAGAUAGGGAUUACGGAGUUCUAAACAAGGUGUUCCAUAACAUUACCGACACUCAUGUGCUUCACCAUUUGUUCUCUUACAUUCCUCAUUAUCAUGCCAUGGAAGCCACCAAAGCGAUCAGGCCAAUUGUGGGAGAGUUUUAUCAAAAAGAUAGCACUCCAUUUUACUUGGCGUUAUGGAGAGAAUCCAAGAACUGUCUGUUUAUCGAGCCCGAUGAGAGCGAUGAGAAGAACAAAGGUAUCUACUGGUUCAGAAGUCAGUACUGA